AUGGCUUCAGGAACGAUCUGCGCUCCAGUGAAAUACCUCAGAAGGCUCCCUCUGUACGACCAUGAGAAGCCGUUCCAGUACCUCAUUCCGAUCCCACCCGACUCGAAAGACCAGCGGACCACAAACGUCGAGUUUGAGACCAGGGGGCAGACUUUUACAGAUAUCCGACAUCGACUCGGCAAUUUCGACCUCGACAGCAACGGCUUUGAGGUGAAAUCAGUUCCAACUUCUCUCCAGGCUGCAGAGGCAACCGACCAAGACGUGAUUCGGGGAAGGUAUCUCCCAGAAGUCGAAAAGAUCCUGAAAGACAAUGUGGCCGGUGGAUUUGAUCGUGUUGUCUUCUUUGAUUGGAGGGUGCGAGACGCAGCUGUGCCCGAAGAAGCAACGAAGAUGAAGAUGAGCGACCUAGCUGGAUGCCUACGGCCUGUAGGUCACGUCCACAUCGAUCAUGCACCGAGAGCGAUCGUCGGCCGCGUCCAGUCACUACAUGUAGCAGGCGACGAUUCCAACUUUUUGCUCCGAGGGAGAGUUCGAGUCAUCAACGUGUGGCGCCCGCUUGAUCAUCCCGUCGAGGACUUCCCCCUGGCGUUCUGCGACGCUUCGACCCUGGCGGAGCAGGACAUCGUUGAAUGCGACCAUGUGCGGCGUAAUUACAGAGGGGCAACACUGUACCCUCACUUCAAUCCGGGUCAGAAGUUCUACUACGUUGGUGGGCAAACGCCCGAUGAGGUCGUUCUGUUCAAGAUCUUCGACUCGGACCCAGACGUGAGGGCCAAAAGCGAGAUGUGCGCAUUGCUCCUUUGGUCACCCUUCGCAAACGCCAACCUCGAGGCCGCGGAAGAGUAUUGA